CUCCUUGUGGAUUAUUUUGGUUUGGUCGACAUUUCUUGUUAGCCGUAUCAAUAAAUAAGAAUUAAUUAGUUGUGAGAAAUAGAAAACCUCAUAAUAUAAUCAUUAUGUAUUAUUUUUAUGAAGCGAACUCUUUUGUGCGUUAUCCUCUGUGAAAUUUUGGAUUUUUCAACAAUUGGAAGAUAAAAUGACAUAAUGUCAGGGGGUAACUCAAAGAACAAGCGCUCGAAACGUCACGAGGGCUGGGAGGAGGCGGGGGGUGAGUUCUACCAGGAACUGUACCCGGGUGGUGAGCAGGAACUGUUUGACAACCUGCAGCGAGCUGAUGCAGCUAAGCUGGCCACCUUGCUACCCUCAAAACAGGCACGGACGACGACAGUAAAACGUACGAGAUCGCAAAAUGAAAGGCGGCAGUCGACGUUCGCGCGGACAAUGCAAAGUCGGGAUAUACAUCUGUCGAUGUUGCCCGAUUUGUCAGAAAACCUGUCGAACGAGGAACGAACCUGGGAAGAAAUUAUGCAGAUCAAGGCAAUGCCGGUGCCUAUGCACCAAAAGAGAGACCUUAAAGCUAGGCUGCAGAACGCAACAAAACUACGCCUUCAAGGCUUUGAACAGCUACAAUGGCGCCAACGAAAAGUCUGGCACCGAUUUAGGAUUAAUUUCGCCGAAAUCAUGGGAAAAUUAGAAUUAUGGCAAUCUGCGUUACGGGAAAUCGAGGGGAAAUUUGGUACAGGCGUCGUCGCAUACUUCCUCUUCCUUCGAUGGUUGUUCCUCCUCAACAUCGCCAUAUCCCUAUUCGUAAUUUUCUUCUUAAUUUUACCCAAAGUGUUGCUAGUCGAAAACACCCUCAUUUGCACUGAGGAUUACAACAAUUCAACUAUAUGUUGCUCCGAAGCUUAUUUUAGCAGAAAUGUGACGGGAAACAAUGUGAUUUUAGAUUUAAUUCAAGGCACCGGGUGGAUGGAGAGAACCAUCCUGUUCUACGGAGUGUACAGUAAUCAGAUAUAUUCGUAUUUUAUAAGGAACCUGUGGGAAGCGGAAAUGUUCUACAAUAUGCCAAUGGCGUACAUUCUGGUCCCAAUAUCUUGGGCACUUUUCUCUCUAAUAGCCAUAGUGAAGACCGGAGCGAAAGGUUUCAAAGAAAGACUAGUUGAAAGCGAAGGCCAGUUCUACAUGUACUGCAAUCUGGUCUUCGGGGGCUGGGACUUCUGUAUUCACAAUGAGAAAUCCGCUAAAAUCAAGCACAAAGCCCUAUACAAUGAGAUCAAGGGGUGUUUAGAAGAAGAGAGGUUCAAUGAAGAAAAGCAACUGCGGAGUAAAGAGAGCCAUAUCUUGAUGCAUUUACGACGGUUACUAGUCAAUAUCCUAGUGCUUAUAAUAUUAGUUGCGUCCGGAGUUCUAAUAUACUUCACGUUCAAUUAUUCCCUAGAUAUGCUAGAUGAACAGAUCUCGCAAAGCGAAUACGUCAAUAGAAGCGCAGAAAGACUAACCCUUGGUCUGUACAGAGAGAGCUACACUUUCGGAAGGUUCCAGAACACAUUUCUUGAAUUCCUUCCCUAUAUUUGCAUAGUGGGACUAAAUAUAAUAGUUCCGGAAAUAUUCGGCCACCUCAUAAAGUAUGAGAACUACAAUCCGGCGCACGUGAUACUGAUUUCAUUGCUGAGAACCGUUUUGCUGCGACUGUCCUCAUUCGCAGUAUUGCUGAGUCAGAUUUAUAUACAAGUGACCGACCCGAAUCGUGUCACCUGCUCAGUAUUUACUGACGACAAUCGUCUCGAAUGCUGGGAAACGUAUGUUGGCCAGCAGUUAUACAAAUUGAUCCUCACAGACUUUGCUGUGCAAUUUGUGAUGACGUUUUUCAUUAACUUCCCAAGGUCGUUCGUUGCGAGGCAUUCGCACAGCACUUGCCUAAAAAUUAUCGGCACCCAGGACUUCUAUCUGCCAAAGCACGUCUUGGAUAUCGUCUACGUACAGACUAUUAUAUGGAUGGGAGCGUUUUUCUGUCCGUUCCUGCCGAUAAUCGGCACUAUUUUCUGCUUCUUAAUAUUCUACGUGAAGAAAUUCGCGUGUUUAGUGAAUAGCACUCCCUCGCCCAUAGUGUAUAAAGCUUCGAAAUCAAAGUCACUUUUCAUGUCGGUAUUGCUGUUGGGUUUUGUAAUAUCCAUAGCUCCAGUGGCUUAUUCUAUCGCGGAAUUAAUGCCUUCCAUUAAUUGUGGGCCCUUUAGAGGAUAUACAACGGUAUGGGAGUACGUGGUUUUGACCUUCGAAACGUUUCCGAACGUUAUUCGAGAGACGAUAUUCCUAUUGGGCACAUCGACGUUCGCGGUGCCCGCUUUUGCGGUUCUAUUAAUAUUUUUGUAUUACUAUUGGGCGGUCGCAACGGCUAAUAGGCAUAUGGUGACAGUACUAAAGAAUCAACUCGUGCUAGAAGGACAUGAUAAGCAAUUUUUGUUGAAUCGACUUAGCGCGUUCAUACGGCAACACCAGAAGAGAUGCGAAAGGCGGAAUAGGGCAAGUUUCGCGGACGACGACUCCUCCAUACAGAAUAGUUCGAGGUAAAUGUCAUAACGGGGUUGUUUUUAGUGCCAUCUGUUGGCAGCUCGUCGAAGUGACGUUGACAGUACUUUCGCGCCAUUUUUUAUUUGCUAUAUACAAAAUUGCCAUUUAAUUAAAACACAGUAUAUAUAGUAGUUUGUGGUUACUUUUAAAAUGUUGUCUGCGACAACAAUGAAGAGUAGUGAAAUAUCUUUUUUGUCGCAUAGAUAGGUACGCAAGUGUCAAAAUUAAGGCUGCCAAUAAAUUUAUAUGGAUUUUUGCUCAAAAUUACUCACAUUUAUAUUUCGCCAUACACGAGAUUCUGUCAACAUUGUAAAAAUUUAUGUAAUAUACUCCACAUUAAAUGGAUUAUAUAAAUAAUGUAAUCUAUUGUAAAUCUAUUACGUCACAUGAAAUUCGUAGUAAUCAUAAUGUAUAAAUACAAAGGUGCAAAAAAAAGAAGGUUACACUAAAAAAAACAAUAUUUA